CUGUCUACCAAACCUUUUACACCCAGUUCUAAAGGGUUACACGAGUGCUGUCAUGGUUUACAUCACGGACUUCCCUCAGGAUCUUAAUUAGUGUCUUCUGACAAUAUUAAAGAUGACGAGGAUCCAGUGCCUGGCCUGUCUGUGGACUCUGUUCAUCACACAGACUGGAUUUGUGUGCAGCCAGGUUGAGUUCUUGGAGAGGAACGAGGGGGAUUCUGUGGUUCUUCCCUGCGUGGUUGAGCAAAGGAAUCCUUCUCCCUACGGUGUGUACUUGAGGCGCAGCUGGCUGCAUCCCAAUGAAGUGCUGUUCAUGUACACCAAGAGCGACUUCACUGUGGAAAAGAGUGAUGACCAGAACCGCAUCAGUGUCAGUGGAGACCCGAGCAGCCACUCUCUGAACGUGACCAUCUCUCAGCUGAGUGCCAGUGACACAGACCGCUACUACUGUGAGUUUGUCGUGGACAACCCUUCCUCUAAAGACGAUGAAAUACGUGGGAAGACUGAAUAUUUCCUCCUUGUUAAUGCCGAUGCCCCUGGGUCAGUGGGCAUUGGGUUGGUAGAGACGUGUUCUGGGGGCUCGGCCGUCCUCCCCUGUCUCCCCCCACACGGGGAGGCCUUGGCCGUGAAGGGGGUGAGUCUGAAUCGGCAGAGGGGCCGGGGACCUGUGGAGGUGUUGUACCACUCAAAGCGGCAACACGGCAACAGCCCUCCAUCCUCCUCCCAGUUCCCUGUCGAGAGGAUCCAUCUGUCCUCGGCGCCCGGCCCCGGGGGCCUCACCUACAACCUCACCCUGCAGCAAAUGCAGCCAGACGACAGCGCCCUGUACAGCUGCCAGCUGCUCAUGCGUGAUGGGCUCGACACCAGCACCGGUCUAGGGAGACAAGUGUUCUUUGUUUCUGUGCAAGGUCAGUGUGGCUGCUUCCAGUACUCCACUCUGCUAUAUGCUUUGUCCUCAGCCGUGGUCGUUCUCCUUCUCCUCCUCCUCGCAUUUGUGGUGAUUUUUAAAGGCAAAGCACGGCGCAGCGCCAAGUCCCUCUCUCAGGCUCCCAUCUACGAGGAGAUGACAGGGGUGCAGAGUGUCAGACGAAAACUGGCCCCCCACCAUCUGGAGGAAAUGGAAUCUUCUGAGUACAGCAACUGCCAUGUGAAGAAAUCCUGUCCUGAAAACCAUUAUGAAAGCCCCAAGAGUGAGUCUCAGAAAUGAAGACCUUGUCACCAGCAUCGGGAACUAGACGAACUCAUCAGCUGCCUUAACUGGACUCCAUUUAGCACUCUGAAGUUUUUCUCCAACAGAUCUUUAACAGAAAGACUCCCCAUACUGUCUUUCAUCUCAUAUUGGAUCGUUGAUAGUUUGAAAAAGUGUUUGUAUUUUGGAAUUUUCUUAAGAACCUGUAAUUGUUGAUUGCCACUCUCUGUUUUAGCAAAUUAAAGGUAACAAAGUUAUGUCACUG